CUCCGUGUUUCAGGCGUCAAGCGCCAGUCUGGGCUGCUGAGAAGAGACUGUACCGUGACGAGAACGGUCGCCGAGCAGUUUUCGGAGAGCUAUCCCGGCAUCACGUGCACGCGUUACUUCUUCUCUCCUCCACCACACCCAUCCGUUCUUUCUACUCUACAAUGUCCGACAAGGUCCGCGAAUUCGUCGAAAUCCCUCAGCAGUUUGUGCGCGAGGGCUCCCAGUUUAUGACACGUUGCACAAAACCCUCCGAGAAGGGUGCGUGCACGUCCCCCCUCCGUAUCCAUUCUUCCUCACUCACUGGACUCUAGAGUACACUCAAAUCUGCUGGGC